CCGCCGCUGCUGCCGCUGCCGCCGCUGCCGCCGCUGCUGCUGCUGCGUGCGGCCCCGGCUCCUCGCUAAGCGGUGGGGCCAAGGAUCCUUUCUGAAAUCAGUGGGUGUACUGAGCUGGGACGUUGGAGAGAGGAUGGACCACCUGUAUGAGUGAUUGAGAAAUCCAAGGUUUUUGGACAUAGCAGGCUGUACAGCUCUCUUUCUCCAGCACCUGCGAUACCUGUCUCCAUUUCUGUCCUGACAUAGAAGCUCUAGGAACGUAUUAAUUGGCGGCGGCCUUGGGAAGAGAAGGAGGAGACGCAUUCGCAGGGUGAGAUCGGCGGCUUGCCAAUGGUGUCUGGAGAGUGACUCAGAAGACAGGGAGCCCGUUUAUAAACACCAAGGCCCUGAGAAGGAUGAUGGAGCUCCUGUGAAUGCCCCAGGACCGGAGCUGCUGAUUGGCUGCCGUUGGGGUACCAGCGAUUUGGGAAUCACUGAGGCUGGAAAACGUGAAUGGCUUUCAGGUAGAAGGCAAGAGGAGACAAUCAGAAUGAAUUCUAUGGACCGGCAUAUACAGCAAACCAAUGACCGGCUGCAGUGCAUAAAGCAGCAUUUGCAGAAUCCUGCCAACUUCCACAAUGCCGCGACGGAGCUCCUGGACUGGUGUGGUGACCCAAGAGCUUUCCAGAGGCCCUUCGAGCAGAGCCUGAUGGGAUGUUUGACGGUUGUUAGUCGAGUAGCAGCCCAACAAGGAUUUGACCUGGAUCUUGGCUAUCGACUGCUGGCCGUAUGUGCAGCAAACCGAGACAAAUUCACUCCAAAAUCAGCUGCUCUGCUCUCAUCCUGGUGUGAAGAGUUGGGUCGGCUGCUUCUCCUCCGUCACCAGAAAAGCCGACAGACUGACCCUCCCGGGAAACUCCCCAUGCAGCCCCCCCUUAACUCCAUGAGCUCCAUGAAACCCACGCUGUCACACAGUGAUGGGUCGUUCCCCUAUGACUCUGUUCCUUGGCAGCAGAACACCAACCAGCCACCAGGAUCCCUUUCCGUGGUCACUACUGUUUGGGGAGUGACUAACACGUCCCAGAGCCAGGUCCUAGGAAACCCCAUGGCCAAUGCCAACAAUCCUAUGAAUCCCGGCGGAAACCCCAUGGCAUCUGGAAUGACGACCAGCAACCCUGGCAUCAACUCCCCCCAGUUUGCUGGACAGCAGCAGCAGUUCUCAGCCAAGGCGGGCUCCACUCAGCCCUACAUCCAGCAGGGGAUGUAUGGGCGGCCCAACUACGCGGGCAGUGGAGGGUUCGGGGGCAGUUACCCUGGUGGUCCCAAUGCCCCUGCGGGCAUGGGGAUCCCUCCUCACACCCGGCCACCCGCAGACUUCACUCAGCCAGCGGCGGCAGCGGCAGCAGCUGCAGUGGCGGCAGCAGCAGCUACGGCCACAGCCACGGCUACUGCCACGGUAGCAGCUCUCCAGGAGACCCAGAACAAGGACAUGAACCAGUAUGGACCGGUCUGUUCCUCUUUCCAGAUGGGUCCGACUCAGGCGUACAACAGCCAGUUCAUGAACCAGCCUGGCCCUCGAGGGCCCGCCUCCAUGGGUGGGACCAUGAAUCCCACCAACAUGCCCGCUGGCAUGACACCUACCAAUAUGAGCGGCCCCCCUAUGGGCAUGAACCAGCCUCGGCCUCCUGGGAUCAGCCCCUUCAGCACGCAUGGACAGAGAAUGCCGCAGCAGGCCUACCCGGGUCCCCGACCCCAGUCUCUUCCCAUCCAGAGCAUAAAGAGACCAUACCCAGGAGAACCCAACUAUGGAAACCAGCAAUACGGACCAAACAGCCAGUUCCCAACCCAACCUGGUCAGUACCCGACCCCCAACCCUCCAAGACCCAUUACGUCUCCCAACUAUCCUGGGCAGAGGAUGCCGAGCCAGCAGAGCACAGGGCAGUACCCACCCCCAACAGUCAACAUGGGGCAGUAUUACAAGCCAGAUCAGUUUAAUGGACAGAAUAACACCUUCUCGGGAAGCAGCUACAGUAAUUAUAGCCAAGGAAAUGUUAAUAGGCCUUCUAGGCCAGUACCUGUGGCAAAUUACCCUCACUCACCUGUUCCAGGAAACCCAACCCCACCCAUGACUCCUGGGAGCAGUAUCCCUCCGUACCUGUCUCCCAGCCAGGAUGUCAAACCACCAUUCCCUCCUGACAUUAAGCCAAAUAUCAGCGCUUUGCCCCCACCUCCAAGCAACCAUAACGAUGAGCUCCGGCUGACCUUCCCUGUUCGGGACGGAGUGGUGUUGGAGCCCUUCCGGUUGGAGCACAACCUGGCUGUCAGCAACCACGUCUUUCACCUAAGGCCCACUGUCCACCAGACGCUGAUGUGGAGGUCUGACCUGGAGCUACAGUUUAAGUGCUAUCAUCAUGAGGACAGACAAAUGAAUACCAACUGGCCGGCCUCAGUCCAGGUCAGCGUCAAUGCCACCCCUCUCACCAUUGAGCGCGGAGACAAUAAGACCUCUCACAAACCUCUGCACCUCAAGCACGUCUGCCAGCCAGGAAGAAACACCAUCCAGAUCACGGUCACGGCGUGUUGUUGUUCCCAUCUGUUCGUGUUGCAGUUAGUCCACCGGCCCUCUGUCCGCUCCGUCCUUCAGGGCCUGCUCAAGAAACGCCUCCUGCCUGCUGAGCACUGCAUCACAAAGAUCAAGCGGAAUUUCAGCAGCGUGGCCGCUUCUUCAGGCAAUGCCACCCUCAAUGGAGAGGACGGUGUGGAACAGACAGCAAUCAAGGUGUCUCUGAAGUGUCCGAUUACAUUCCGGCGGAUUCAGCUACCAGCGAGAGGCCAUGAUUGCAAGCACGUCCAGUGUUUCGAUUUGGAGUCAUACUUGCAGCUGAACUGUGAGAGGGGGACCUGGAGGUGUCCAGUGUGCAAUAAAACUGCUCUGCUUGAAGGCCUGGAGGUCGACCAGUACAUGUGGGGAAUCCUGAAUGCCAUCCAGAACUCGGAGUUUGAAGAGGUUACUAUCGACCCCACAUGUAGCUGGAGGCCGGUCCCCAUCAAAUCCGAUAUCCACAUCAAGGAUGACCCGGAUGGCAUCCCCUCCAAAAGGUUUAAGACAAUGAGCCCCAGCCAGAUGAUCAUGCCCAAUGUCAUGGAAAUGAUCGCAGCUCUGGGCCCUGGCCCGUCCCCCUACCCGCUUCCUCCUCCACCUGGGGGCACCAACUCCAAUGAGUAUAACAGCCAAGGCAACAACUACCAAGGCCACGGUAACUUUGACUUCCCCCAUGGGAACCCCGGAGGGACGUCCAUGAAUGACUUCAUGCACGGGCCCCCUCAGCUCUCCCACCCCCCGGACAUGCCCAGCAACAUGGCUGCCCUGGAGAAACCCCUCAGUCACCCCAUGCAAGAAACUAUCCCACAUCCUGGCAGUUCUGAUCAGUCCCAUACUUCCAUACAACAAGGUUUGCACGUACCACACCCCAGCAACCAGUCAGGGCCACCAUUACAUCACAGUGGGGCUCCUCCUCCUCCUCCUCCUCCACCUCCUCCUCCUCCUCCUUCCCAGCCGCCCCGGCAACCACCUCAGGCUGCUCCCAGCAACCAUCCACACAGCGACCUGACCUUUAACCCCUCCACAGCCUUAGAGGGUCAGGCCGGAGCACAGGGAGCGUCCGACAUGCCGGAACCUUCGCUGGAUCUUCUUCCAGAACUCACGAAUCCAGAUGAGUUGCUCUCGUACCUGGACCCUCCUGACCUGCCAAGCAAUAGUAAUGACGACCUUCUCUCACUUUUUGAGAACAACUGAAGCUCUCAGCUUUUAAUCAGUCCCCUUCCCUUCCCCCACACGUACACACACGCACAUGCAUGCAAACACACACACAUACACACACACGUACACACAGACACACAUACUUCUCCACCCCGUGUAGUCCAUGCCCUCCCAAGUUCUCUACCCCAGAACUUCUCAUUUGGAGCUGGGGUGAGGUCUCUCCCUGCUCUCACCUUCUCAGAACCAUUGGCACUCAAUGGGGAGACUGCAGAAGAGGAAGUGGUACCUAGGCCACAUGGGUUUGGGGGCCCUUAGAGCACCUGCUUCUGGCCCUGGCACGGCAAAGCCUAAAGUCCAGGGCAGCUACGUUUCUGCCCAUGUCCAACACAGUCCUAUAGAGAAGAGCCUCAUGAUGGAGAAAAGCAUCCCAGCAGAUCUCUAGCUCAGCAGGGAUAAGAAAGUGGCUCUCUGUCCCCUCCCCACUCCAGAUCCUCCCGUGCUGACCCAGUGUCAGAAAACAACCUUCUAACCCAGGGGUCUUCCAUUUUUGAAACUGAGAAUUCUCCCCAUCCACCAACUUCCCAGCCCGGAUACCUGAGCAAUCACAGAACCAGAAACAUGAAGAUGGAUGGAACAGGCACGGUGCCCUGGGGAGGGGUGACCCAUGCAGGAGUGAGUCCUGUGGGUGCUGGCCAGAGCUGCUGAAGUCACCACCACCAGAAAAGCACAAACCGUCCGAGAAAGAGCCUCACCAGGCCAGAGCAGACCGUGCUUUUGCCCCUCUACUCCCUGGAGGGUUACUGUUUUUGACCACUGUCCUCUUAGCCUCAACAGACCCUGCUAGAGGUCAUGCUACACAGAGGCUCAGAGAGAAUGGAUGGAGAUGGGGGCCUCGGAAGGGAUAGGGGAGGGAGAGUUGCUUUGGCUUUGGGGUCUCUAAGAUCAUGGACAGUAAAGAGAAUGGCCACUGGGUCAUUUGAAUCGCAAGAGGACCCUACAGUUCCCUCAGCCAGAAAUGCGAGAAGCCUCAGCCCCAUUCCUUGAGGAAGGGGGCAUCAAGGGUGGGGUGGGAGGGGUUUGAAAAUGUGAGAAAGCAGAGGACAAAUUUGUUAGGAGUCAGGCACAGUAAUGUAUACCUUUACUCCCAACUUACUCUAUUUUUUUUUAAAUAUGAAGACAAAAUCAGUUUUAAAUCAUCUGCAGAAAGAAACAUUGGGAUCUGAUAGAUGAGUGACUUCCUUUUUUUGUGUUUCCUUUCUUUUGUGGGCCCCCACCCCCACUCCUCCCUUUCUGUCUCCAGGACUGUUCCAUGUCAUCUGGCCUUCACGUACACUGCCUCUUCCCACCUUCCCAGUCCUUUUUCUUGCCCUGUUAAAACAUCAGGGCUUGCAGAGAGAAAGAAGAGAGGUGAGGUGGAGGUUGAACAGGGCUUGGUCUUGGGGUCUGUCGAGAGCCAUUGCUGUGUGUUGUCUAUUUUGUUCUUCUGUCCAUACUGUGUGCUGGGCUGCGUCUCCAGCCCUGAUUCUUUGUUGCUCCCCUGCCCAUUUUGGUGUGCCACGCCCUCCAGGGAGCACUACACAUAGCUACAUUGGAAGACACGCACAUGUGCCAACCUCUCCUUUAAGGAAUUUCAUCUCUGUCUCAUGGACCAUUCCUCGCCCUCAGUGGUUUAAAAUUGACCUGACGCUCCCCGCCCAUUGGGACAUGAAGCGUUUUCUGCUCAUCCAUCCAUCUGUCUCUUCAAAGCCCUCCUGUUUACCACUCUCCCAGGUCUUCAUGCCCUUGCCCCGAUUCUCCCAUAGCCAUUUAAAUGUAUGAUUUUAUUUGGGGCUGGCUUACGUUUCUGUCCAUGGUCUGCUCUGGGCUCAGAUGAUGCUGGAUUUGCUCCCAGUCACUCAAAUCUGCAAAUUCUUUGCUUCAAGUUCCAUGCUGUCAUCACUGCCCCCCAGAGGUAAUCUUUAUUUCUCCCCUCUCUGGGCACCCCUAGCCCCUUGCUGUAGAUAUUACAGGAAACGGUGGUCACUUUCAUUUAUUUCCAGUCUCCCAUAUUCAGACUACCCAGUUUUCUGUAGAGAAUUUGCCAUCACACCUUCUUUGUACUGGUUGGUUUGGUUUUUUGCAUUUUUCUCAGAUGAAAAGUUGUUCAGUAUGCAAAAUCAAUUAUUUUAAGAAUCACUAUUGUAAAUAUCUUUGUGAAUAUUUUAGUAUCGUCUUUGAUAAUAUUCAACAUUUUCAUGACCCGGUUAUAUCCUUUGCUGGUGUUUUUAAAUACCUUGACUGAAGAUGAAAAAAAAAAUGAGUCCUUUUUUUAGAAAAAAAAAUGUAAAACAAAAAAAAAUCAAAAGUUCUUUUUACAGACUUAAGGGAAUGAAAUUUCUUUUUAUUUUGAAGAUGUCAGCUCACCCAUUUUAAUCCAUUUCCCAUACCUUUGGCAGUAGAGCAAACAGCAAAACAAGCAGCAUGAGGUAAAAUCUGGAUUGCUCCCAGUAGCAUUCCAGAUGUUACCAUCCCUGGCGUGCCCUGCCAUCUUCCACCCCCUCUCCAUCCAACACACAUACAAACACAUACAUAUGCACACACACUUGGGAUAGAAUGUGAUUUGGGGGGCGGGGGGAGAACAGGCCAGUCCAUUGUCUUCUGAGUGGGGUGAUCUCUGUGGGAAGGUCAGCCCCCUAGACAGAAUGGAAGGGUUCUUAGCUGCCAGGUAUCGUGAUCAUCUCUGGGGACCCUUCUGAUUUGCCCACAAAUGAUGAAUUGUCUUCCCCGCCAGUGCUAUGCUCCUGUUUGCACUGUGGCAGAGUUUCCCAGGACAAAUCAGCACGUGCUACCAGUUUCCCACUUCUGUGUGCUCCUCUCCUAGGGAAGUCAACUUGUUUCCUGGCCUUGUCCAGCAAGUUAGUCUCAAUCAGGCAUUUUCCUUUUAGACCUAAGCAUCAGCUUUCUCCAACAGGCAGUGAUCGAGAGAGACUGACAGCUUUAUAGGGAGCCUUUCCCACAUCAUUUUGGGGACAAGGGGAAGGGACAGGCACACAAUGAAAAGGGAAUCCAGGCUCUGGCUCUUUUUUUUUAAGCUGUCAAAGGCACUAUUACCCUGAUCCACAAAGAGGAAAUCAUAACUUUGUUAAGCAAGCAUGGCUCUCGAAUCUCAAGAUGGCAUCUCCUGUUCAUGUCUUGGUGGGAGGAGCCAUUGGAGCCAUCAGAAUCUCCAAGGUGCCCAGUGCUUCAGAACAGCUGCACCUAAAGGAAACCUGCCUAUGGGAUCUACUGGCGUGUUUGUGUCCAUGUUGCCAAAGUUAACUACAAGGUGGGAUGGGGGGGUGGGGUGGGAAAGCUCCAUGAAAGAAUCACGAGCACCCCCACCCUUUGGGCUUUUUAAAGCUUUAUUUGUGUAUCAAAUUCCCAGUAGAUUUUUUUUCCUCCAGAUUAAAAUAUAUAUGUAUAUAUAUAUUUCCCCCCUCCCCCAAUGGAAGCCCUAAUAAACCCACAGAGAUCUACACUUCUGCUCACUGAUAGAACUUAGGACCGACCCAUCCAGACACCGCCGUGUCAGCAGCAGAGACUCAAGGGACACGUCUGUACAUAUGUAAAUGAGAAAUAGAGACCUGUUAACAGAGAUGCAUUCAUCUUCCUUGGAAUGUGCAUUUGAUUUUAUUUUGCAAAAAAGACAAACAAAAAAAAAAGCUUGGAGCUCCAUCUCAUGUGGAAAAAAAAAAUAGAUCUGUCUGUUAGCGUUUGUGAAGUCUCCGCAUUGGAUUCACACUCUGUACUAUACGCUGACCCCGUGUGGAAAGUUUUGCUUUGUUCUGUUUUUAUUUUAUCUACAUGUACUCUUUAGCUUCAAUGUGCUAGUCCCCUCACCUGUGUAUUUUUAGGGUGCUAAGAAAACAAUGAAGAAAAUAAAGGAGAUUUAAAAAGAUUGUAACCAAAUUCAUACUUUGUACAAUUUUUGAUAUCAUGAUCAGAGGUGAAUGACACAUGCCCACACACAGGCGCGUGCAUGCACGUGCAAUCAUGUAAGUACAGUUGGAAGUCACUUCUGCAGAAACGGUCAUUGUCUUUGUUUGUACAUCGUAUGUACAAUGCAAUCAUUUCAUACUUUAAACUGGUCAGAAAACUAAUUGUGAUUUCUAGUCUUGCAAAACUGUAUGUAGUUAGAUGAUGUGACAACCUAAUAUUUAUCUAAUAAAUAUGUAUUCAAACAAAACCUGUA